AUGAUUGCCCUCGAUGCGAGGGAUGCUGCAAAUGGUUCGUCUUCAUUGGGAUUCACAAUCGCAACGGCAGUCGGCAUGACCCAAUACUUCUACGCAGUCCACCUUACGCUCAGAGACAAGAAAAGCCCUUUCCCACUCUGGAUGCAUCUUUUCUAUCUAGCGCACGAUAGCUCUUUUGCGUACCAUUUCGCGUGCGAGGCACGCAAGUACAACUACCACUCUUACGUCAUGUCCAAGGUCAUAGGUCUCAUAGUCUGGACAUUGCUAGAGGUCUACUGUAUCCACCGUACGUUGACGGUGGAGCAUGAGGGACUAUUCAGCCCGAGGCACAAUCCAAGACAGCUUCGUCGAGCUCUUGUACUAAACACCUUCCUUCUCUUGGUAUUUUACACCAUUGUCAACGUACCCAUCUACUUGAUCGGUCCCGAGGCCUGGUUGUACUGGACCAUGCUUACCAACGUCGUCAUGGCCAUCGGGCCAGGCCCCUAUUGGCUGCAGAGAGGCUGCCGUACCGGAACCAGUUGCGUACUUGCUGGAGUCAACGUCAUUGGUACCUUGUGUACAUUCUGGCCGUAUUCAAGGUGGGUACAUGACCUACCCUCCGUCUUCGAUAGCCCUAUCUUCUAUUGGGCAGGUGUUCCGGUUACUCUGGCUGCAGGUUACAAUUUCUAUGUUUUAACCACGCUGCCUGCAACAAUUGAGAGGGCAGUCAAAAAAGAAUGA